AUGUGCUCCGACGAGAACGGCGCUCCCCAUGCGGUUCGCUAUCUGAACGCGCAACUCGCGGUCCUUCACGAAAACGCGGUGAAAUGUCUGGAAACCCAUCCUCAGGCUCGCGGUGAAGACAACAGGCAAUACAACGCAUUGGCGGAGUUCACAGCCCAGCGACCAGGGGCCGCGUCAUACAUGCCUUCCGAAACCGAUUCCCUAUUCCAUGCAUGCUUCAAGGCGCCUGAACUCCGGUUUGUUUGCGACCACGACGUACUGCUACACCUCACCGUGGAGAAGGGACAUGUCGUCCUAGACACCUUCAAGGCGGGCAAAGGGGAAGUUGUUCAACUCCAAUCUGGCCUUUGCGUCACGUACCGUGUUGGGUUUGAGACCAGACGCAUCGUCGGCAACGACACGAAGAUUGGUGACAGCGGGAGUGUCAUCGAGCUUGUGAUCCUUGAUCUGAAGAACGCCACCGUGUCGUCCAUUGAGCCGGAGCAGACCAGUGGUCGUGACUCCCUCCUUCGCUAUCUCAACCAGUAUCUGGACCUCUUGUACAGCGCCGGCAACCAUGUCCUAUUCUCCCUUCCCCAUUUCGGCCAGGACGUGGCCCCGAUGGAGGUUUCCUUCUCGCUCAUGGCUAUAUCCGCACAAUACGAGUGGCUGGCGACGAUCUACGGCGUGACGGUGGAGCAUAUCAACGCGCACAUGUCCUCGCUCUGGCUCAAGUCAGCGAUGUUGGCGUACGGCGGCGUCGCGAGCAGCACCACGGACUGGAGGCCGCGCUGCUUGGCCGAGUUCAGCCGCAAGGAGGGAGGCGACUUUUUCCACAUCAAGUUCGGCGCCCCCCAUGUGAACAUCCUCUGCUCGAGGGAAGUUGUGAUAACAUUUGACAUCGACGAAGCUGAGUUCUUUGACGACGACGAUUUCACCUUGGCGCCAGUACGGACCUUCACGAAGUGGAAAGUGGCAAUGGUCGUCAAUGUGCUUCAAGGAACGGGAAUCUACGACAACGUUGUGAGGAUCAUGUUCGAUUUAACCAACGGACGCUAUCACCACACGCUCUCUGCGUACCCCGAGUUCAACGAGAACGACGAGGAAGCGCUCGAAUAUCGCGAGCUCAUCAUCGCAUUCUUCGCUGAAGAAUAUCUUGGAAUCCUCCAUGGCGCGGGCUACCACGUCCUCUACGAACACGAUGCUCGCUGGGAGAGCAUCAAGAAGCACAGGUUCGAGUCGUCCGACGACACGGAGGGCAGCUGGUGGAGUCUCGAGCUCGGCGACCCGAGCGGCGUUACUUCGCGCGAGACCAUCCAGCGGGCGAAGAUGUACGGCUUCGACCAGGUCGUCGCUAUCUCCCAGGGGUCUAUCAACGCGCAGUUCUCGGCACUGUGGGCGAGCGCGUCGGCGGUGUUGUUCCACACCUGGGCGUACGAGCAGUUCUUUUCGUGCACCUUCAAGGCGCUCUCACUCACCCUGCUGAGCAACAACCGGGCGAUCGUCUGGGUGCACCUGACGAACGGAAACCUCAGGGCGCUCCGUGACUGGGCGCCCUCCAGCGAUGCCGCGUACGAGUUCAGAGAUUGGCGCAUGGCGUUCGAGGUCGAGCUGAAGAUGUGCACGCACGAGGAGCUGGAAGGCGCGUCUUCUACAGCGUUCAUGAAGACGAUGUCGUAUGAGAGACACGCAAACCAUCCGGACCGCGAGCUCAACCACAUCUACCUCAACUUACGGAACGCGGAGUAUAUUCACGAAUAUUCCACCUACAGUGAUCUCAGGACGGACGUCGAAGACAGCCGCGGAGCCAUUCUCAAGCUGCAGGCUGUGGUGUGGUACCUUACCCAGCACUACUUCCCCGCCCUCUGCAAGGAGGGCAUGAACGUCCUCUCGAGCAUCCCCAUCUGGAAGACCGCGGGCCUGUCGCUGCCCUCCUACGCGCUCACGAGCGUCGCCUUCCACGUCUACUCCCGCGUCGAGGUCGCGCGCCACAACUGGGCGCACGUCACGCCCGGGCAGGAACCCAUCGUCGUCGUGCUCGGCACGACGGGCUACAGGCCGCUGCCUGCGGCGCAUCUCGAGUGGUCGACGGGCUGGGUGGUGCACGCAAACCGCGGGUUCUCGCACGGCACGCUGAGCAUCGCGCGCCGUGUGUUCCUCGAGGAGCGCCUGCUCGCGCUGCUGUCGGGCGUGAACGCGCACACGACGCUCAUUCCGCUCAUGCUCGACCCGUUGCGCGGCUUUUAUGGGGUGAGCCUCAGGACUUGGGCGGGCCACGAGCAGCGCAAGGACCGGCCGUCGAAGUGGGAGCUGCAGCCGGCGGGCGGGGACGGAUGCUUGAGGUACAUGUGGGAGCACUGUGAGGAGUGGCGGUACAAGAUGGCGGGGAGCGGGGACAUGAUGAACGCGACUCAGGGCAUGUCUUGCAUCACGAGAAACUUUGUCGAGCUGCCUACCGCUGUCAAGCAGGGCGCGCUGCACAUCAAGGUCAGUGGAAAGGUCGAGCUAAGCCUCGCGCUCCAGACUAUGAACUCCAAGUCAUACACCGCGACCUCGUCCGUGAGCUGGUCCACGAACGUCACCGUGCAGACGGCCGGGACCGGCAUCAAGGUCACCACACUCGGCUCACACGACCCCGUCUUCGCGAAGGCAGAGUUCACCGACGGCAGCGCGGCCAAGUUCCGCAACCCGAUGGACAUGCUCCGCGAGGCGUUCCCCGAGAAGGUCGCGCUCGACGAGCUCGUGCAGGAGAUCCGCGCGUUCGAGGGCGCGUGGGAGUACUGCUGCCCGCCCGCCGCGCCGUACUCCCUCGCGAGCCCAGUGUUCAACGACGACGGCGACCUGUUGUUUGAGCUCCGUAGGUACGGCACGGGCGCAGGGCGCGCGGCAGCGAUGUCCCCUGCGAGUCGUAUCGGCGGCCGCAGCGCGUCUCCUGCGUUUAAUGGGCGCCGCGCGGUUUCGCGCACGCGCACGGGUGGUCGGUCGCCUGUCCCGCACUCGCCGACCCGCAGUCCUACUGUUGGUGAGUGUUGA